AUGAAUAAAGAUUGGGUUCAUUGGCCAAGGGGUGAUCUUCCAUAUCAAGAGGCCUUGAAGAAUUUCAUAGAUACCGUUUGUCAGAGACUUGGAAAUCCUUCUGAAUUCAGUUGUCCUUGUGUUGAUUGUAAGAAUCUCACUUUCCCACUUCCUCCGAAAGAAGUGCAUCUUCACUUGCUGAAACGAGGUUGGGAUCCUACGUACACUGAGUGGGUUUUUCACGGGGAGACUAUACACACUUCUACUGAUGUACACCAAGAGGGAGCAACAAGGGGAUCAUAUCAUAUAGAUGCUGCUGUUGAAGCUGAUGCACAUAUCGAUCAGGGACAUGAACCUGUGCAAGAUGAGGGUUUGGAAAACCAUGUGGAAGAGGCGGACACACCGUUAUAUCCUAAUUUUAAAACACACACAAAUUUAUCCAUCACUGUUGAAUUGUAUAGGCACAAGACAGUAAAUGGUUUAUCUAGGAAAUCUUUUGACGAACUUCUCAAGACAAUCGGUUCCUUGUUGCCGCCAGAUCAUUGUCUUCCUUGCUCAACAUAUGAAGUGAAAAAGUUGCUGAAAUCUUAUCAAUUGACUUACCAGAAAAUACAUGCUUGUAUUAAUGAUUGUUGUUUUUUUAGAAAAUAUUUGAAAGAUGCAGACGAGUGUCCUAAAUGUCAUUAUUCUAGGUGGAAGGCAGACACAUCUAACAUGGACGAUGCUGAAAUGAUAGACAAUCCGCAAAAGAAGAUACCGGUGAAGGUGCUUAGGUACUUCCCCAUUGUGCCGAGAUUGAGAAGAUUGUUUCAAUCAGCAGCACUGGCUGAGCAGUUGAUAUGGCACGCGACGAACAAGAAUAAGGAUGGGAAGAUGCGUCAUCCAACAGAUUCUUUGGCUUGGAAGCACAUAGACAAAAAGUAUCCCGAGUUUGCUUCAGAUCCCCGUAAUUUGCGUCUUGGGCUUGCUGCUUAUGGAUUUAAUCCAUUUGGUGAUCUUUCCGCAGCCCACAGUUGUUGGCCAGUGAUGCUCGUGGUUAAUAAUUUGCCCCCUCAGUUGUGUAUGCAAGGUGACAACAUAAUUCUGAGCAUGCUGAUUCGAGGAAAAAAACAACCGGGUAAUGACAUUGAUGUAUACUUGCAGCCCUUGAUUGAUGAUCUUUUUGAGUUGUGGGAGAAAGGGGUGCAGGUAUAUGAUGCGUUUAGUAAAACAGAUUUUAACUUGAAGGCGUUAUUAAUGUGGAUAAUAAACGAUUUCCCUGCAUAUGGUAAUUUAUCUGGAUUUACGUAUAAAGGGAAGGAAGCCUGUCCUCUUUGCGGUGAAAAUACACUUUCAAACUGGUUGGCAUUUAGUCGUAAAAAUGUCUACUUGAAUCAUAGGAGAUUUCUUCGUCGUAAUCAUCCUCUUCGGCAGAAAAAAGACUGGUUUAAUGGAGAGAUUGAGAGGAAGGAAAAUCCACCUGUUAUGUCUGGUGCUGCGGCACUUGAAUGUCAGAAUAGUAUUACAAAUGAUUUUGGGAAAGCGGAGAAGAACGAGGAGGAGAUAAGGAAAAAGAAAGAGCAAAAGAAGAAGAAUAAGGGCAAUAGUAGUGCGGCAGCAAGUGCAAAUGUGGGUAAUUCUAAAUGUGGGAAGCGGAAAAGGGAUGUUGUUGCUGAUGCGGCUAUUUCUGGUGCAAAUGAUGAUGAAACUGAACCUCGGGUGUUUAACAAACGGUCAAUAUUCUUCGACUUGCCUUACUGGAAGUCCAAAACAAAAGACGGUCUAAAGUCCCGCAAUGAUCUGAAGAGUAUGGGAAUAAGACCAGAAUUACAUCCAGUAGAGAUAAAUGGAAAAACGAUCCUUCCACCAGCACCAUACUGUUUAAAUGACAAGGAAAAGGCUAUAUUGUAUAAUAGGAUGAGAAAUUUAAAGGUUCCAUAUGGUUUUAGUUCUGAUCUUAGAAAGCAUUUCUCAGAAGAUGGUUGCUUAGGUGUUCUUAAGGCUCAUGAUUACCAUGUUCUUCAUCUCCAUAGAUUAAUAGAACUUGAAGUAGAAGUUGCUGAGACUUUGUGUAUGUUGGAGAGGUACUUCCCUCCGUCACUUUUUGAUGUCAUGAUGCACUUGACAAUUCACCUAGCUCGAGAAGUGCGAUUAUGUGGACCUGUACAAUAUCGUUGGAUGUAUCCAUUUGAAAGGUAUAUGAAGACAUUCAAAGAAUAUGUAAAGAAUUAUGCACAACCUGAAGCUUGUAUAGCCGAGUGUUAUCUUGGAAUGGAGUGUGUUAGGUAUUUUGAUAUUCGUAAGGCCCAAGCAGCUGAAACAGGAGUAAAGCAAAGGCGUAACGAAAACACUCAAAAUGGUUCCACACCGGCAGCACGUCCUCUUUCUAAAGGUGUCCAAGUGCGUAUGGAUAGUGAGAAGUUAAAGAUAGCUCACAGAUAUGUGCUUUUUAACACACCCGAAAUUGACCCAUAUAUGAUAAUGCAUAUGGACGAGUUAAAAUCUCCUGCUGGGAGGGCAAUUACUAGUGAAGACCAACUCAAUUCCAUACAGUCUGACACAUUUGCAGAUUGGUUUCAACAAAAGGUUAAGAUGCAAAUUGAACAAGGCAUGCCAAUAUCACACACGGUAGAAUGGUUGUCAUAUGGGCCGUUAGAAAACUGCAUAUCAUAUAAAGGCUUUCUUAUCAAUGACACUAGGUUUAUUACGAAGGAUGUUAAGAGAGUCACACAAAACAGUGGAGUUUCAAUUGAAUCAACAACCUUAGUUGCAGGAUUGUCAGAAACUAGUGGGUUCUACGGUGUUUUAGAAGAAAUUCUAUUGUUGGACUACAAUCAUAUGUUUCAAAUUCCAAUAUUCAAAUGUGAUUGGGCUCACACCAAUUUUGGUGUGAAGGUAGAAGAUGGCUUUACAUUAGUCAAUUUAAAGCAGCAUAAGAACCAAUACUGUAACGAUCCAUUCAUUUUAGCAAAGCAAGCGCGACAAGUUUUCUAUUCUCGAGAGUCAAAUACAUCUAACUGGUAUGUGAUGGUGAAACCACCGCCUAGGGGUUUCCAUGAAUUAGAGGAAUACAAUGAAAAGCAUGACACAAAUUUCCAACCAGUGGAUACUUCAACUCUUGUUUCCAAAUGGAUGACGAGAGCGAGAGUUACUUAA